AUGUCCGGACGCGGCAAACAAGGAGGUAAGGCUCGCGCUAAGGCUAAGACCCGGUCUUCGCGGGCCGGGCUUCAGUUCCCCGUGGGCCGAGUGCACCGCCUGCUCCGCAAGGGUAACUACGCCGAGCGGGUCGGGGCCGGCGCGCCGGUGUACCUGGCGGCAGUGCUGGAGUACCUGACGGCCGAGAUCCUGGAGCUGGCGGGUAACGCGGCCCGCGACAACAAGAAGACGCGUAUCAUCCCGCGCCACUUGCAGCUGGCCAUCCGCAACGACGAGGAGCUCAACAAGCUGCUGGGCAAAGUCACCAUCGCGCAGGGCGGCGUCCUGCCCAACAUCCAGGCCGUGCUGCUGCCUAAGAAGACCGAGAGCCAUCAUAAGACCAAAUAAGUAACAAGAGCAUUCGCGGUUGCUGGUCUGAGGCUACGCCACAAGCCUGAGAUAUUCCCACAUUGAGAAGAAGAAAACCGAAAUACCACGAGGCAUAUACUUCAAGAGGAAUCGAAUCAGCGACCUUGACAUUAUAAAAACAAUAAAUACCCUAACCCAGUGAGCAACUUGCCAUGAAGAGGAAUGAUGUUUUUACAUUUCAGAAGUGUAAACUAUAUCAAAGCAUUAUUGCCUGAAGUUUUUUCCAGAAUGAUGCAAGACAUUUUCUCAUUCUCCCAGUUUCCUCUUCCCCUAAAUACAUCCACCUUACCUCAUUCAAUUUUCUUUAAAAACUCUCCAUCCUGACUCUGGUACUUUAUUUCUUUGAAAAGAAAUACACACAAUCAAAUCGUUCAGUGGUAGUGAUAUUAGGACUGUCUGUGAUUGGAUGUAUGGGUGCAAUUUCCACCAGCCAUGGGGCCUAUAGGUAGGACGGGGACGAGAAAAUGAACGUGAAGGGUACUGGCCCGUACGGGGAUCGAACCCGCGACCUUGGCGUUAUUAGCACCACGCUCUAACCAACUGAGCUAACCGGCCGCCCUCGGACGUAGGCCUUUAGUUACAUGUUUUAAAGUUAUACCUAAUUAAAGUCGGCGGUCUUUGUAAAAUGUUUUAAAAAAUGUUCUUUUUUCUAUCAAAAAGGAAAAGACAAAUCCCAGUUGCCUGCACGGAUGAACCGUGCUUCUCCUCAGGAAAACAGUCUUUCUCAAACCGACCGAGGAAGACUCAGAUUAAUGUCCGGGAGCAACUACCUCCUUGAAACUAUUCCCAGAAGGCCUCGGGAAACGCAAGCCUGAGAUGGUGGCGGGCGGAUCACAGAGCACAGAGCAGGGCUUGGUGGACUCGGCUUCCGCGCACGGGGUGCGGAUUCUCUGCUCUUGGAGGUCAUACCGGGGGGUCAUCUCUUCCCAGAGGCCUUUAGCCGCUUGGCUUCAGGGUGGCUCCGCAGUCGCCUUUAAGCUAAAUCUGUAGCCGUUCGUCCGGAGCGGAGUAAGACAGGGACCUUACGCUGCAAUGUCAGCCAUAGGCCACUUGGUGGCGCCAGAGUGCAGGGCUGAGGUCUGAGGCAAAAGGACUGUGAAGACCGCCCCCCUCCUGAACCUCUGACCCCUCCCCAUGCCCCCCAAAUCACCAAAUCUAUGACAAGGGAAGUCGAGACCACAGCGAGUCCGGAGUCAGGGCCUUGUUCCGGACCAGGGAGAAACACCGGAAUCUGAGAGGAGUAGGGGAACUGAAGCCAAGGUCAGGCAACUCAGAGGAAGGAGUUGGGAAACCUUUGCCCUUUUGAGCCUGGCCUGAUCUACCUGCAAGAGGGUGUCAACGAUGGCAGGGACCAGUAGAGCAGCAAAUUUCUGCUUGCUUUCUUUUCUCUGUUGGACCCUACAACCCUCUCUCUCUCUCUUUUUUCUCUAUUUUUUCUGCAUCUGAAGUUAAUUGACUGAUUUUAUAUAUAUAUAGUAUAUCGAGUAAGAUUUGAAAGAGUAUUCUAAAGAGAGCUAUUUCUUUUAAUGAGGCAAGUUAACUAUUCAUUUACUUGUUUUACCUUAAUGAAUUUAUAAAUUUUGUUUUUAAUUGUUUAAAAAGCUGUGAGAUGGUAUUUCUUAUCUUUAGUACAUUUCUUUAACUUUGUAUCAGCAUCCACCAUAUGAACUAGUAGCUGUCUUCAUUUUCUUUGUCAUCUAGUAAAAAUUAGGUGGA